AUGCCGCCAAGACGCCACCAAGAACAAACUCCUCAACCGGAGGAAGAGGACAGCGUGUCACAACCCAUUCCGCAUCCUCCACCUCCUCCGCCUCCGCCGCCUCCGGUCGAUCGAGAAAUCGUGAAGCUAUUUUUGGAGCAAAAGCCACCUUUGUUUGACGGAUUGGGAGAACCGGCCAAGGCUGAAUCUUGGAUCCGGGCAAUAGAGCGCAUCUUCGCGAUUUUGAGAUGCAACGAUAGAGAACGCAUGAGUUGUGUGACCCAUCAACUGACUGAGGCAGCUGACUUUUGGUGGGAUACUAGAACGAAGACUAUGCCACGAAACCAAGUAGAGGCGAUGACGUGGGAAGGUUUCAAAAUGGAAAUAUACAACAAGUAUGUGCCGAAGACCUAUCGAAAAGAAAAGGCAUCGGAGUUCCACAAUCUAACUCAAGGACGCAUGACGGUGACCGAGUACGAUCGAGCGCUCAACAGCAUGACCCGGUAUGCCCCCGAUCAAGUCGACACCGACGAGAAGCUAUCUGACAAGUUCCGUGAGGGACUAAGCCCGAGAUAA